AAUAUUGGGAGAACACAAGGGCCCCUCCCUCUCCCCCCACAAGACUUGGCAACUUUAUGUACGACUUAAAUGGCAUCGAACCCCCCCCCCAAACAGAUGGGAACCUCUCGUGAAUGUCAUCUCACUUUUGGAACCAUUAUUCCCAACGACCACCAAUUUAUAUUUUCUUUUAUUCAUUAAAACCCACAAAAAAAAAAAAUUGGAAUUACGAUAAAUUAUUAUUUUAUUUUUCUCUUCCCCGGUUCAUGUGUGUCGGUCGGUCUUGCCUUCCAGUUGACUUUGACAUCCUCAAAAUCCAGCACCCUUCUUCCCUCCAAGGCCCCACCGUUCUUCUCCGUCUCUCUCUCUCUCUCUCUCUCUGAAGAUUGAAGAAGAUGAUGUUGAGGAAGCUGAGAUAUGCGCUGCCGUGGACGGCGGCGGACAAGGCCAAAUCCUCCUCCAAACACCACAAAGAUCAGACGACCUCCAAGCUCAAGCCCGCUCUCUUCCUCUCUUCCUUCUUCGCUCUCUGGUUCCUCCUCCUCUACUUCCGCUUCGAUCCCCUCCCCACCCGCCCUUCGCAACCUCCCGCCUUCAACCUCACUCUUACCAUCACCGAAACCCCCUCGUGCCCCUCACGCGCCGCCGUCUACGUCCACCCACUCCCCGCCAAGUUCAACUCCGACCUCCUCCUCCGCUGCCGCUCCCUCAACAUGUACAUCGACAUGUGCCCUCACGUCUCCAACCGCGGCCUCGGCCUCCCCAUCCCCUCCGUCGCCGGCGCGUCCGGCGAAGGCGGCGACCGCUGGUUCGCUACCCACCAGUUCAUCGCCGAGAUGAUCUUCCACGCGCGCCUCGAGAACCACCCGUGCCGCGUCCGCGACCCCGCCCGCGCCAAUCUCUUCUACGUCCCCUUCUACGCUGGCCUCCACGCGUCCAGCAUGUUCCGCGAGCGCAGCCUUCCGUCCCGAGACGCCCUUGCCGUGGAACUCGCCGAGCACGUGCAGUCCCUCCCCACAUGGCGGCGGCGCGGCGGGCGGGACCACUUCCUCGUCCUGGGUCGGACAGCCUGGGACUUCCUCCGGCUCUCGAACCAGGGCCCGGACUUCGGGGCGAACUCUCUCCUGGACCUCCCGGCCGUCAGGAACAUGUCGGUCCUGACGGUCGAGCGGCAGCCCUGGACCGGAUCCAACCAGCAUGGUAUCCCGUACCCGUCCUACUUCCAUCCCGCCACUUCAGCCGAGAUGCUGGCUUGGCAGAACCACGUGAGCGAGUCCGAUCGGCCGCACCUGUUCUCCUUCAUUGGCGGGCCGCGGAAGGGCUCGGGCAUGGCGGCAAUAAGAGACGACCUCAUCCGUCAAUGCGGCGAGUCGGCCCGGUGCGAGCUCGUGGUUUGCGAGCCGGCGUCCCCCGCCGCUUGCCACAAGCCGGGGCGGGUGCUCGGCGUCAUGGCGGCAUCGAGGUUCUGCCUGCAGGCCCCGGGGGACUCGUUCACGAGGCGGUCCACGUUCGACGCUGUGCUCGCGGGCUGCGUGCCCGUGUUCUUCUCGCCGCACACGGCGUACACGCAGUACCAUUGGUACUUCCCGGCGGACCCGAGCGAGUACUCGGUGUUCAUCGACGUCGGGGAGGGGGAGAAGAGGCUUGCGGUGGAGAUAGAGAAGGUGCUCGCCGAGAUCCCGCUGGAGAAGGCGGACAGGAUGCGGCGGAGGGUGAUCGAGCUGAUACCGAAGAUCACCUACGCGCAUCCGAACGCGACGGAGCUGGGGUUUCGAGACGCGGUCGACGUCUCCCUCGACGCCUUGCUAGAGCAUAUGGAGUCCAAGCUAGAGAAGACCCAAGUUUAAUUAUCGAUUUUUAUCAAUAAUUCUUUCCUACGUUUAAUUAUUGAUUUCUAUCAAUAAUUUUUUUUUCUCAUUUUCGUAAUUCAUUUUAAUUCUUUUUUUUUUUUAACAUUGUGUUGAUCAUUGAUGUGAUGUAAUGACAUUUGUCACGAUCAGUGUUAAUAGCA